AUGGCUGGGAAUCAAGAAAAAUUGAGGGCUUUUAGACUUAUUCUAACAGUUGUAUCGAGCUUUCUGUUGGCUUCAAUAUUUGUUUCUGCUGAAGGAAGCAGCUUAAAGCAGAAGUUUUUAGCACAUAAUGCAAACGGAUUUUCACAUUCUGAUUUAGAAGUUUUAACAAAUUAUCAGAAUUUUACACGGCAAGCCAACAAAUCUGGGUACCAGCACGUUUGGCCGGAUUUUGUUCUUAGGUUUCUUUGUAGGUUGUUGAGUCCUGGAGGGCUAUCAGUUGGUUCGAUGGAAGCAUUAACAAGUGUUGUUAAUUGCAUGCCUCUAUGUGAACUUCUAAUCGGAGAUAUCCAUAUGACCAGAAAAGAGUAA